AUGCAAACCGCCAACGGGCUUCCACCAUGCUCUCUUGAACAAGAAGUCGCCGGUAUCAUUGGAUACGGCACCAUUGGAAAGCGUCUAGAUGUUCUUUGCAAGGCCCUGGGAAUGGAAGUACUUAUCGCCGAGCGAAAGGAGGCGGGUACUCCCAGCCCGAAGACCUCGAACGAGACAAACGGGCCGGCUGCCGUCUCCCGGACUCCCUUCGAAGAAGUCAUCAGAUCGGCCACCGCGCUCUUCAUAUGCUGCACCCCACGAGACGUCGUCGCGCAGCACGAUCGACGCGCCCGAGCUAAGCGCCAUGCAGCCUGCGGCGGCGUCGUGAACACGGCGGCGGUCCGCGCGUUGCGGGAGACGUGCAUCUCCGGUGCAGCCGUGGACGUGUCCGACCGAGAACCGGCUUGCGCCGAGGACGACAGCGCGUUCCUAGCGGCGGAUGCGGCGGGGUUGAAUCUCACGCCAGCUGUCGCCAUGCAUGUGGGAUAUUGUUCUACGAAGACGGUGUUGGCGAUGGAGGCGAUGGCCAAGAAGCAUAUUAAGAAUGUCAUUCCUGGAGAUUAUAGAAACUUUGAAGCGUAGUGCUGCUUGAUGUCUAGGUUGUUACAGGAUGUGCCAAUCUUAGGUAUCUUAGACACAUAGGUAAUCUGUUCACUCGAUUUAGGUUCAGGUGUACGAAUAUCUCGGAGACUAGCCGGGAGCUCUCUGACUGAGCGAAUCCGGUUUAAUCAAGUCUUGCAAAUUAAAUUAUAUUUACAUAGGUACUGUUUAUUUUAUUCUGUUUAACAUCUAUUCAUUUACCACCAAAAUUCUCAUAGGCUAGCAGACAGGUAAAGCUGCAAUGAUGUUGGAACGUCAUUUCCUAACCUUACCAUUGAUCCC